AAAUUACUGCCAAAUCAAUCAAUUCAAGAAAAUUAUUUUACAACAAAAAUGUUUCUACAAUAUAGCAAUGUCUAAGUUGAAUUUUGUGAUCAAAUGCAAUGAACAACAACAACAACAACAACAACAUCGAUUGAUGAAAAUCGAUAUUGUACUGUAUUGCCAUGUCUCGAUCGCAUUCAAAUCAACCUAGACCAUAUAAAGUUUGGUCAUCAGAUCGACAGAAACGUAAAUCAAUAACUGCCUCAAAUCUUCAAGAAUUCAAGAUUCGUGGAGCUGAAAAAUUGGGCUAUGAAAAUUAUCGUUAUCUACGUGUUGUAUUUGAAAAUGAUGGUACAGAAGUGGAAGAUGAUUCAUAUUUUCAAUCAGCUGAAAAGGAUACAAUUUUUCUAUUACUUCGUGAUGAUGAAAAUUGGCUACCACCAGGAAUGGAUGCACUUAAAUCUGCAUUAUCCGCUAUUCCACAGAUUGUUUGUGAUACUAUCAAUACAUUAAAAUUAGCCAAUAAAUCACCAGCUUGGUCAAUCAAAGAUGAUCAAGGAUUCAUCACUGUCACAUUACAAUGGGAACAUGAUAAUAAAUUCAAAUAUCUAAGUGAUUUUGAAGAGCCUUCCUGGAAAUUGUCUUCACAGCCUUCUUCAUACGCUCAAUUUGGCGAUAAAGUGUAUAGCUCAACAUUUCCACGACCGAAUUCUAGUCGUGCCAAAUCAUAUGAAUCAUAUUUGAGAAGCGUAAGAAAUCUAAAUACAUUAGCAGCCUAUCGAUCAGCACUGCCAUAUAAAACAUUAUCUGCCGAUGAUUUUUCAUUCAUUGAUCGAGCAAUUGAUGAUUUUAGCUCAGCUCAUGAUCUCACUUCUUAUUGUGAUUUUCAUUGUUCUUCAUUACAUCGUGAUGGUGGCUCAAUCAAAGUUAGCAAAUCCGUAGGAACAUCACCAAUACUUGAUCUUAGUCGUACGAUUUCACCAACUGUUACUACAACCAAUAAGGCGACAUCACCUUUUGAAAAAGGUUCAUCAUCAGCUCAAAUUGAUGCCAAUAUUGUUGCUCAAUCAAAAGCGAAAAAAGGUCAUGUUCGUUUUAUGGACAUCGAGAAAAGUAUCGAUUCAAAUUGCACAUCAUUCAACGGAGCUAACAAACGAAACAUAUCGUUAAUGGGUCUAAUCAAUGGACAUAUUGUUGAUGGUAAUGUUAGUUCUAGUGAUGAUUCUGAAACCGAAACAACCGAACGUGAUGAUGAUGAUGAACAAUUCUGUGAACGUUAUCUAAUGCUUGUUGAUCAAUUAUCGGCUAAUCAUAAAAAACAUUUAAGCAUUAAAGAUAUUGGCAUUAUAUUGGAACGAUUAAAAUCGAAAAUAAUCGAUAUUGAUAAAUUGGAAAGAGAUAAAGAAAGUAUCGAUUGUUAUAAUUGGCUUAUAAAAGCUAUCAUCAAAGGCGAUAUGUUAAGAGAGAUUGGUGUUGUCUAUAAUGGCCAAUAUUAUUCACUGAUGGAACAUCCAGGAUAUUUUUGAAAAUCACACCAAAAUCACAAAUAAAUGGACAAAAAAUCAAAGUUUGAAGUUGAAAGACGUUAUUUUUGAUAAAUCUUUUUUUUUCUAUAUAUCUAUCUAUUCAUCAUCAAGAUCAUCAAUAUAUAAACAUAAAACCACAACAACCAAACAUUUUGAGAGCAUAGAAUAUACAUCAAUUCAUGUCUGUCUGUCUUCAGUAAUUCAUUAUAUAAUUCGUAAUUUAGCAGAAAAAAAUACAAAUAACAAAAUUAUCGAUUAUUUACAAUACAAAAUACAACAAAUUACAAUAUAAAACUACCCACCUGUUUUCAUCACAUCAUUAACGAGCCUAUAUAUUAUCCUUAUUUGAAUAUAUGGAAAUUUUGAAAAAUUUUCACCAUUAAAUUAUUUCCAAUUUAGUAGUAAUCACGUUGUCAACUGUUGUCAUUUUAUUGUUGAUUUUCUUUUCUCUUUUAUUAUUGAAUUUGAGAAAAAAAACAACAACUGAAUCGCAUCUAUUU